CACGCGUUUUGCGCAUGCGCAGGAGCAGUAAGAGGAAGCGAGCUGAUAAACGCAUUGAACCCGUCUGUUCAGUAGUAACGUUACAAUGACACAUUGAACUAUCGUAAACCGAGCCGAUAUCAGCCGUGUACUGUGCAUGUGUGUAUGAUGGCGUGGGGAGUGUGUAGCAGGGCUCUGGUGUGGAUUAUAACUGCGCUCGUGUGCUGGAGUCUGAUGGGCUCCUGCAUCAGCAGCACGGUGUCUGUGCCCGAGAGUCUGCUCUUCGUGUCCACGCUGGACGGGAACCUUCACGCCGUCAGCAAGAGAUCGGGAACCAUCAAAUGGACCCUGAAAGAAGAUCCUGUUUUGCAAGUCCCGACGCACGUGUCAGAGCCUGCUUUUCUCCCGGACCCCAACGAUGGCAGUCUGUACUCUCUCGGAGGGAAGAACAACGAGGGUCUGACGAAACUGCCGUUCACCAUUCCUGAGCUGGUCCAGGCAUCGCCCUGCCGCAGUUCUGAUGGCAUCUUAUACAUGGGUAAGAAGCAGGACGUGUGGUAUGUGGUGGAUCUGCUGACCGGUGAGAAGCAGCAAACGCUGACCUCCUCCUAUGCUGAGAUGUUCUGUCCAUCUUCAUCUCUGCUGUACCUCGGACGCACAGAAUACACAAUCACGAUGUACGACACCAAGAGCCGAGAGCUUCGCUGGAACGCCACGUACUCCGACUACGCCUACACCCUUCCAGACGACGACACCAAAUACAAUAUGGCCCACUUCGUGUCCAACGGGGACGGGCUGGUGGUGACGGUGGACAGCGAGUCCGGGGACGUGCAGUGGGUGCAGAACUAUAACUCUCCUGUGGUGGCCAUCUACAUCUGGCAGCGCGAGGGCCUUCGCAAGGUCACACACACCAACGUGGCGGUCGAAACCCUGCGCUACCUCACGUUCAUGUCAGGAGAGGUGGGCCGCAUCACACAGUGGACGUAUCCGUUCCCCCGCGAGAAGAAAACCAAAGAUAAACUGCUGUCCACGUUAUACGUGGGGAAACACUCCACUGGUCUGUACGCGUCCCCCUCACUGGUGCAUGAUGGAGUUACUGUUGUGCCCCGUGGCAGGACGUUUCCCAUGCUGGAGGGUCCCAGUAACCAGGACUCGAGUGUGGAAGAUGACCAGGAGUGUGUGAUCACUCCCAGCACAACAGUGAAGUUCAGCGCCGCGCUGAGAGAGAGGAACCGCAUCAACUUCAUGAGGAACUCUCUGCUGCUGAUAGGUCACCACGAGACGCCACCUGACGCUCAUAACAAGAUCCUGGAGAAGUUUCCGGAGAACAUCCCUCGCCAGCACGUCAACAUCAUCCCUCCGGCCACAGAGAAGACCAUGGAAGAGAAAGUGAAUGAGAGCGGGAUGGAGGACAACAGUCCGCUGCCUCCGCCGGUGUCAGCCCUGCAGGAGAAGCCCGGCCGUGUCCCGCGCGCGGAGACGCCAGUGGACUCCAUGCUGAAGGACAUGGCCACCAUCAUCUUCUGCACCUUCCUCCUGGCCGGCUGGGUGGCCUUCAUCAUCACCUAUCCCAAGAAUGUGCAGAAGCAGCAGCAGCUCCAGCACCAGCAGUUCCAGGCUCAGAUGGAGGAGAAGCUGGAGUUGCUUCAGCGGCAGCAUCUGGUGUUCCAGCCGCCCGCAGACUCAGAGUUCCUGGAGCCGGGCCGUCCACGGUGCGAGAGCUCGUCCCACAGCAGCCCCAACGUCACCCCGCGCGCCUCCAACCACUCCAGCGCCUCGCAGCCCGAGGCGGGACACUCCGCCAGCGAGCACGACGACCCCGAGGAAGAGUCCAGCAUGGUGCGCAUCGGGAACAUCAGGUUCAGCCCCAGAGAUGUGCUUGGACACGGCGCUGAGGGGACUAUCGUGUACAGGGGUCAGUUUGACAACCGUCCCGUGGCUGUGAAGAGGAUUCUCCCAGAAUGCUUCAGUUUUGCUGAUCGAGAGGUUCAGCUCCUGCGGGAGUCGGACGAGCACCCGAACGUGAUCCGCUACUUCUGCACCGAGAGAGACCGCCAGUUCCAGUACAUCGCCAUAGAGCUGUGCAGACACACACUGCAGGAGUACGUGGAGCGCAAGGAUUUUGACCGGCACGGAUUGGAGCCAGUGACGCUGCUAGAGCAAACCAUGUCUGGACUGUCUCAUCUACAUUCCCUUAAUAUAGUCCACCGAGAUCUGAAGCCGCACAACAUCCUGGUGUCGAUGCCGAACACACACGGGCGCGUGAAGGCCAUGAUCUCGGACUUCGGGCUGUGUAAGAAGCUGGCGGUGGGCCGGCACAGCUUCAGCAGGAAGUCAGGUGUCCCGGGAACCGAAGGCUGGAUCGCCCCCGAGGUGCUCAGUGAGGACGCCAAGCACAACCCGACCUGCAUGGUGGACAUCUUCUCUGCAGGAUGUGUGUUUUACUAUGUGCUUUCUGAAGGCCAACACCCGUUCGGGAAGUCCUUGCAGCGACAGGCAAACAUUCUGCUGGGGGCCUAUUCCCUCGAGCUCUUACAGCCCAACACACACGAGGCUAUUGUGUGCCGAAACCUGAUCGAGCAGAUGUUGAGCAAUGAUCCGGAGAAGAGGCCCUCGUCCGAGCGAGUGCUGAAACACCCCUUCUUCUGGAGUCUGGAGAAACAGCUGCACUUCUUCCAGGAUGUGAGCGAUAGGAUCGAGAAGGAGCCGUUAGAUGGACCAAUCGUGAGGCAGCUGGAGAGAGGAGGGCGGGUCGUGGUCAAAGCUGAUUGGAGGGAUCAUAUCACCGUUCCUCUACAGACCGAUCUACGCAGAUUUCGCUCGUACAAAGGCGGAUCGGUCCGAGAUCUGUUACGUGCCAUGAGGAAUAAGAAACACCAUUACCGAGAGUUACCCGAGGAAGUCCAGGAAACGCUGGGAUCCAUUCCAGAUGAGUUUGUCUCCUACUUCACCUCCCGAUUCCCUCUUCUUCUGCAACACACACAUCUGGCCAUGCGUUCCUGUGCAGCGGAGCGACUGUUCCUGCCUUACUAUCACUAUUCUGAACUGACUCCGCCCACAACGACCCUGCCAACAGAGACUCCUCCCACUCUGAGCCCGCCCACAGAGACUCCUCCCACUCAGACCCUGCCCACACUGACUCCUCCCACAAAGACCCUGCCCACACUGACUCCUCCCACAAAAACCCUGCCCACUCAGACCCUGCCAACAGAGACUCCGCCCACUCUGACCCCUCCCACACAGACUCUGCCAACAGAGACUCCGCCCACUCUGACCCCUCCCACACAGACUCUGCCAACAGAGACUCCGCCCACUCUGACCCCUCCCACACAGACUCUGCCAACAGAGACUCCACCCACUCUAACCCCUCCCACACAGACUCUUCCAACAGAGACUCCUCCCACAGAGACUCCUCCCACUCUAACCCCUCCCACACAGACUCUGCCAACAGAGACUCCGCCCACUCUAACCCCUCCCACACAGACUCCUCCCACAGAGACUCCUCCCACUCUAACCGCUCCCACACAGACUCUGCCAACAGAGACUCCGCCCCCUCAGGCCCUGCCCACAGAGACUCUGCCCACUCAGCCUGAGCUCAGCACAGAGAUGCUCAUACAGACAGACCCACAGGAGGCUGGAGAUCCGUAG